AUGGAAAACUAUAAAAUACAUUUACAGUAGUAUUCAAUAUAUUUACUGUGAUUUUAUUCACUUUGUACUUGCAGUGGUGAACAGUGGUGUCGUACAUAAUAUAUUAUACCGUAUAAGCAAUUAACAAUGUGUAUUACCUAAGUAUUGUUUAUUUUUAAUUCAAGAAACUAAAACGAUUUUGAAUUUACAAAAAUGAAUGUAGUAAUCGUAGCUAUACUGAUUUUAGAUAUUCUCGUUAUCGGUGGAAUAGCAAUAGAUGAUAUAGUUGUUGAAUACAAAUCACAUACAGAUAACUAUGACAUCACAACAAUUUAUAAAACAACGUCGCGAUAUAAUGCUGGAGAAGAAAGCAAUCGAAAACAUUUCAAUAUAUCCAAGUGUUUCGGGUGCUAUGAUGCAAAAAUUCAUUUGAGAACUAAUGCUAUUGGUAUGCCACUUGAGUUUAAUGGAUUAAUUUUGAGUUCUGAUAAGAAAAGUUUAGAACUCAUAGUAGACAGAAAGUAUAAAACCAGCAUUUCCACGCGAAACCAAAUUGAGUACAACAUCAAAGAAUGGACCAUCUCGAAAUUAUCUAUGGCUAAUCCAGCUGAAAUUUUGAAAAACUAUCCCGAUUAUGAAUUAUUAUUGUGGGAUGCUAAAAGCAAUGCAGAAUCGUUCAAAAUUAAAUGGAAGCAAAGGAAUUCAAUGAAAAUGUGUAUAUCUGUAUCAUAUUUACUAGAAGAUGAGUCUAAAUGUACGUUUUCAAUUAACUUAACUGAUGAAGAUAGUCCUUACAAACGAGUUAUAUAUUCUACUAUUAUAAAGGAAUCGAAAGUACUAAAAACGGCAUUGUUAAAAAGUGAUGAUUGGUGGUUAUAUGAAAACAAAACAUAUACUUUAUACUUUAAUCUCGAAAAGAAAUCAUCAAGAAUACGAAAGUACAACGCGUACGAUGAUGAUUUUGAUAGUGAUAAUUGGAGUUAUGAAAUAAAAUACAAAGACGGUUGUAAGAUUGGAAUCAAACGAAUAGCUCAGUGUACAGACGAGUAUGAAAAUGAAGAAAUAUUGACAGUAACUGCAGAAGAAUUACGAAGUACGCCAUAUGAAAGAACAUUGUUUACCUUCAAUGUUUAUCCGUUUGAUGUCAAUACGCAGCAAAUGGAAUCUAUACUGCCAUCUUCAGUGUGCGCUAACGGAGGAUUUCCAAACAAAAACGGUUGUACGUGUCCUCCCGGUUUCAAAGGCAAUAAAUGCGAACACGGAUGCGGACCGAACACGUUUGGCGUCGACUGCGCCGGAAUAUGUUCAAUGCGCCAAACACAAUGUCGACAGAUGAUGUUUUGUACCAAAGGUUUUGGGUGCAACUGUCCGGCGGGAUAUAGAGGAGACGAUUGCACCACAGAAUGUACGAGUGGUACGUACGGCGUAAAUUGCAAGCAACUAUGUUCAGAUCAAUGUAAUUCAACAUCAUGUGAUGCUUACACCGGUGUUUGCAACAAAGGAUGUGCGACUAGUUACAUAGCACCGGAUUGUAAAGAAAAGUAUCCGUGGCUCAAAUCUCCACCACAACUUGAGUUGUCGGAUUUUAAGUCACUAAAAUUGAAAAUUGAUUUUAAUUCAGAAAACAUACAAGGCAGUAGAAAUGUUAACUCUGUCUACUAUCAAAUCAUAUUUAAGACCACUUCAAAUGAAUCGGAAUUCAAACAAUUGGAACUAAAAGAAAUCAGACAGCAAAAUUCCGUUAUAGAAAUCAUAGACAAUCUCAAACCAGGAAUAUCAUACUCCUUUGGUGUGAUGCUAGUUGCAGAAGACGGAAAUUCCAACAUAGAGGAUAUCAAAAUAGUCAAUUACACGACCAAGUGCCUAUUGUCAAGAAAUAUAAAUUAUGAUGUAAGCUUAUUGAGUGGUACAGACUACAUCAAUGUUACUUGGAACAAGGUUAAUGAUCAAAACGAAGAAGACUGCUAUAUAACAGGGUACUUGUUGAAACUUAUGAUGGUGAACACACCUCUACAGCAACAAGGUUUUUCAGAAGAAGUAAUAUCCAAUGAUAAUCAUGGAUAUGUAUUUGAAAAUCUACUAUAUGGUGAAAAAUACGCAGUUCAAGUAGCAGCAAUAUCGGCUACUGGCCAGGCCAAAGCAUCUGAAAUAUCAUAUAUUUACACCGAGCCUUAUGGAUUUGUGCAAAUAAAAAACAUAAAAGCCAAUACAAACCAAAGUUCAUCACUGAUAAUAACGUGGGAUGUUGACGAAAAAUACGCAAAUACGCCGUUACAUUAUAACAUUAAAUACAAGAUCAAUAAGCAUUUUAGUUGUUCAAACGAAGUCAUAACAAAUAUCUGGACAUCGCUAUUAGUUUACUCAGAUAAGAAUCAGACGCGAAUCGAAAUUUGGGAUUUGAUACCAAACACACAGUAUGUUAUAAAAGUUGACCCCACAGUUAAAGGAUAUACUUACAACGAUAAUGCUAAUAUUAUUUUCGUAAAAACACCUAUCUCUAAUCCAAAAUUAAAACCUAUAAUGAUUAAUAACGAAAAUGGUUGGUACAUAACCAAUCAAAGUGCAUACUUCGAUUGGACGAUAAACAAGACCGAAUGUUCAAAGCUAAAUGGUUUAUUUCAAGGAUACCAAGUCAUACUUCAAGAUAUUGUCGAGGGCACGCAAGUAUCAAACUCGACUACACAAAACACAAUGAACUACGACGGAUUAAAACCCAGCACCAAAUACGAACUGCAAUUAUACGUACUAACGAAUUAUGGAUACAACUUGGAACAAGGAUUAUUGAUACAGUUCCAAACCAAAACUAAAUUUUUAGAACCAGUAGACGAUUUAAUAGUUUACAAGAAAAACUUGAAACGCAAAUCGAUUGGCAUCAGAUGGAGUUUCCCUGACGAAAACAUCGUCAACGGUUUUAUCGUCAGCGCAAUCGACGAGAAUAUGAAUACUACAAAGAAAAUUACCAUAGAACCCGAAAGAUGCGUGGUUUGGCAAAAAUUAUACUGCACUACUUUUGAGAACCUAAUACCAAACCACCAAUACACCAUAAAAGUAAAAGCCAAGUCGAUAGACUACCCCACAGGUGGUUUUACGGCAUCAGUCGUCAGUAAUUUCAACGACGGGUUUGCAGAUAAACCGGAAAAUCUCAGGACAACAGACGUAGGCUCCACGCACAUUUCACUGGAAUGGGACAUACCGUGGAUAUUCAACGGUGUGCUGAAAUCGUUCAUAGUGAACACCGAAGAGAUUUCGUCUAAAGACAUCGAUAAAUGCUGUGAUACCAAACCCGAUUUAGAGAUUCCUGUUACAGAAGAACUCCCAACUUAUAACUGCACGAUAAACGACUUGAAGCCCGGUUCCACUUAUUCGAUCGGUGUAUUAUCGAAGACUUCGUCAUAUGGUCAAACUAAUAGGAUACACGUGACGACUCUAUCCACUCCUGUGGUCGCUAAAGACGUUGACAACUAUCCGCCAAUUACACCUGCAACGCAGACGUCAGACGGACCUGAAAAUUAAUUUCAGCUUCGUGAAAUUUGUAUUAUUAUUAUUUUAUAUUUAUUGAACUUUAUUAUUAUUCAUUUGAAUACCAACUUGAAAAAAAAACAUGUAUAAUGUUACUAAUCCCAUACUAUAAAUUUACUUCAUUUUACAUGCCUAUGAAAUGUAUUUCAAUGAAUAUGUAUUUUUAAACAAUGUUUAAACUUUAGAUCAUAUUAUUAUAUAAAUUAUAAUCAUAAUAGCUGAACA